AUGCCACCAGAACUCAUACCCAGCGAUGAGGAGUAUGCCUCCGACGAGGACUCAGACUUCGCUCCAGAUGCAGCGCCAGCUGCAGGCCCAGAAGAGUCUUCGGACGAGGAAUCGGAGGCCGAAGAAUCUGCGGUGAUAACAAAUCAACCUGGCCCCAAGAAGAGGAAACGAGGGCAAGAUGAAGAAGCAGAGGAUCUGGGGUUUGAGAAUUCGGGAGAUGAGGCGAUUAUAGAGAAGGGGGCAAAGAUGCGGCGGAAGAAGAAAGGGAAGAGCAAGGAGGAAGUAGAGGAUGAGGGGGGCGAGGGAGGAUUGAUUAAGACGAGGAGUAUGAGGGCUCAAGAGCAGGUGGAGAGAAAACCGCUGGUGAACACGACAGCAGCAACCAUUGACGUCGACGCAGUCUGGCAAGCCAUGAUAUCCGGGAAACCAACAGCACCGUCUCCUUCAGAGCCCAAACCGACGAUCGAUUCCUCUACGAAAGGCUCUUUGAGUCCCGAAAUAAAACGUACAACCCUCACAUUACCAGAUACUAGCCACAAGGCUCGAUCGCCAAGCACACUGGGAGAUGGCCCUGAUUCCUUGAUAAUGAUAAAGCGAACAUAUAACUUUGCGGGAAAAGUACACACAGAGCAGAAACUCGUCCCCAGACACUCAGCAGAAGCAAAACUCUUCUUAGCAUCGAACCCCGACCCCGCUACGGCUCCCCCGGAAACCCCUACAGAGGAGGAGAAUUCGCCCUUUACAAAACCCAAGCGGCCGUUGAAGAAAGCCCGCCGCUCGAUAUUCGAACCAGUGAUAGAGGGCUUGCCGCAGAGGACUGAUCUGUCCUUUGGGACGAGAAAAGAUAGCGGGGUACAACUGCUGUCUGGACAGGCGAAAGUUAAGAAGUUUAACACGGUGGAGAAGAGUGCUAUGGACUGGGCGGGAUUCGUGGACAAAGAGGGAAUCGCGGACGAGCUUGACGCUGCUGGGAAGAGCAGGGGCGCUUACAAGGCCCGGCAAGAGUUUUUGGCUCGGGUGGAGGCAAAGAAAGAGGAGGAGUCGCGGCGGGCGAGAGGAUUGCCUGUAUGA